AAGUUGAAAAACAGAAAAAGAAGUUCAAAAAAAAGUGAAAAAGCAAAGAUUCGCCAAUGGCAUAGCUCAACUGUUUGCUCCAUUUUGCUUUAGUAGCCAAAUAAUGCCAGUGCUUCUCUUCUCUCUCACUCAUCUAUCCACUCCUCUCUUCACUUUUAGCCGCUCAAAACCACCGUCGCAGCCACCCUUCCUCCGCCGCGAGCUCAGCCACCCUCAUCCAACAACAUGUUUUCUUCUGGGUUGACUUGAAAAUCUGUCUUUUUCUCUGAAAAUCCCCAAUUUUAUAAAUUGGAAAUCAGGACCUCGAGAAUGGAUGAUGCUAAAGAUGCAGAGUUCUCAUUGAAAGUGAUGAUAAAUAAAAAGAAAACUAAGGUACUCUUUGUAGAAGCUGACAGCCAUUUCGCAGACAUUUUGUUAAGCUUCUUGACUUUGCCGUUGGGAAGAAUUAUCAAAGUCCUUGAGAAGCACUAUGGAGACGAGGCACCUACCAUUGGUAGCUUAAGCAGUUUGUACCAUAGCUUAGUAGAUCUUGAUUUCACCGGUUUCUGGACAGAGGGUGCCAAGCAGACUCUGCUCGAUCCUGCAAGUUCAUUCGAAGAUGAAUACGCAAGGCUGAAACUUGAUUACAACGAUUAUCACCCCGCUGAAUAUUUCACGUGUAGAAAUCCCCCUCCUCAUAGUAUCCGUAGUGUAAGCAUGUACCAUGAUAGUACCCCUAUGUGCCUACAAUGCGCAAAUAGACAUCAGAUGAUAAUAGAGGAACAUGAAAAAGAGUGUCAAUUUGCUUCUGAAGAUGGAGUUUUCACCAUAAAUACAACACCUUUCAUAAUUUCUGAUGAUCUGCAGAUAUUUCCAAAUAAGAUAGGACUCUUAGGAAUCAUCAGCAUUCUUGGCCUUACAGAUGCGGAUAAGGCUCAGCCAAUCAAAGUGACUUUUGGAUUCAGUGAGAUUAUGAGUUUGUUGAAGGCGUCAUUUAUCUCCCAAACUCCAUUCUCGGACCUCUUACUGAGUAAAGCAAGACAUGUGAACUCUGUAGCUGUGGGAUCUGAACCCGAGACCUCAUUAAAUCAGAUCAAGAAUGAGGACAAUACCGACUCCAAGAAGAUAGUUUUGAAAGUCAUGGUACAAAAGUCUUGUGGUAAGUUAUUGUAUGCUCAAGCUGAGGAAGAUUUUGUCGAUUUUCUGUUUAGUUUGUUCAAUAUCCCACUGGGAAGAGCUGAGCACCUUUUGGCCGGCAAGACUUGUAUUAAGGCUAUAGACAACUUGUACCGGAGCACAGCUGUGGUUAUCGAUGACAAGUAUUUCAAGACACCAAAUACGAGAAAUAGGCUAACCAAACCCAAUGUGGUUCAUGGUUGUAUUUCCAAUGACAACAUUCUUCUCCUCACUGAAGAGUGCUUACCUGAUAACUAUAGUUAUAUCUCAUGGUCUUCUUCUGAUAAGUUUCCUAAUGGCAAGGGGAGUUAUCUUAAAACACCGCAAACUUAUCAUGUGACAGACGAUUUAACUGUGACACCUUUAUGUAUUGUCUCGAUCCUUUCUACCCUCAAUAAGCAGGAAAUCCCCAUAUCUGAUGUCAAAGAAGUGGAGCUGCAAAUCGGGCCGAAAGAGGGUUUGAACAUACUGAAAGCCUCUCUUACAUCCACUACUGCUCUCACUGAUGCUCUGCUCGAUCAAAUAUCGACCAAACAACCGAAGCAAGAACCCUUAGUUUGAUCACAAGACUUCAAUCAUUUUACCGCCUAUAUCAUCAGAGAUUAUGAAAGAUGGUGCUCUGUAAAUGAUGAAAUCUCCAUCUUUCUAAGCAGCUUGAGACACUUUUUCAGCUACUUCUUUCUUCAUAAAAUGUCUUCUGCAUUUCUUGCAACGACCGGCAAGAUCAUAGUGCAUGCUUACAUUGAAGUGUAUUGUUACAUUGUUGAAUAUUGUUUAAGAAUAUUUUAUAUUUCCUUUA